AUGGGUGCUAAUAAUGUAAAUCUAUUAAGCCCACCAGAACAAUUCGGCAUUGUUGAACCUGGGAUUUAUCGUUCAGACAUGUUACAACAACAUAACUUCUCCUAUAUGAGGCAGUUUGGCUUUAAAACACUUAUUAUGUUGAGUCCAGAAUUACCAAACAGAGUAACAUCAAAUUUCAUCGAAGAAGGGAAUAUAAAACUGGUGCAUGUAGGAAUGGCGACGUGGAAGCCAACACAACCUUCCACAUGGCGUCCUGUAUCUGAAGAACUAAUCAAAGAAGGAUUGGAACUGAUAUUAGACGUUGAAACACAUCCUAUAUUGAUCAUGUGCACUUCAGGAAUACACGAAACAGGUACACUAGUGGGAUGUUUGCGGAAGCUAGAAGGCUGGAAUUUUAGCUCAAUUGUGACAGAGUAUCGAUCUUUUGCUGGCACAAAAGCAAGAUAUGUCAAUGAGCAGUUUAUCGAACUUUUCGACCUUGAUCUGGUAACUCUUCCAGUUCAUUUACCACCGUGGUUUAUAGAUCAACAAAAGAUGUUGGUAAGUAACACGCUUAUUUGUUACAUUAAAUGUGCUAUUAAAUGGUACUUUUGCAUUUUUAGGCAGAGGAAGAGGAAAAGCUGA